AUUUAAACAGGAGACGACCACCACGUCCCUUACAGCCGGCAGCCGCAAGCAGCCCCUCCUUCCUUCCUUCCGAUCUCAAAUCUCAAAUCUCAAUCUCACUAUUCGCCAGCAUCUCUCUAUUACUCCUAGUCCUAUACCUCCGCCGCCGGGCACCGUCUCAAAUUGGCAAUACCCUCCUCCAUUCCCUUCGACUCCUCUUCCUCUCGCCGGCUACCAACCGCAUUCGGCCACCGUCACCCAUCUCUCUUCGCUGUAGCAAACUACCUAAUUAUCCAGUUUGAUAUCUGGCGGAUAGCUCUCAUUCGCAUUAUUCUCCAGCAUAUGCCCACCUUCCAACUUUCAAUGCUUUUCCAAAGGUUCAGGCACCUAUUCUCCAUUCACCUUCAGAGCUGUCAAAUCCACCGGAAACUGGGAAUUUUCAGCUGACUAGUGCCACUGCCACCUCGAUGCCACAGCAUCUGGUUAACAUCCCUUUGCAGAAGCAGAAAAAGAAAUUGAAGCAAGAGCCAGCACCAGCAUUUGCAGUUAGUAUUAUGGGAGUGGAGAGACGUUGGCUUUUCAUUCUUUUCUCUGCUGCAUUCACUUCUCUACUGUUCCUGGUAGUUUACUCCGGCUCUGCUUUCAGCUUCUCCAAGCCCAUACCUUCUGUUGUACGCCAUGGCACCCACUACCCACCUUCUUUUGCUUAUUAUAUUUCUGGCACCCGCGGGGAUGGUGAUAAGAUGUUUAGGUUACUGCUUGCUGUCUAUCACCCAAGAAACCGUUAUUUGUUGCAUUUGAGUGCUGAUGCUUCAGAUACGGAGAGAAUGAGAUUAGUUGCUGCUGUAAAUGCAGUGCCUGCAGUAAGUAGUUUUGGGAAUGUUGAUGUCCUGGGAAAGCCAAAUCGCCUCAGUUAUAUGGGGUCUUCACAUAUCGCAUCCAUAUUGCGUGCUGCCGCCAUUUUGUUGAGGUUGGAUUCUGGGUGGAGCUGGUUCGUGGUAUUAAGUGCAGUGGAUUAUCCUCUGGUGACACAGGACGAUUUAUCGCAUGUGUUCGCAUCUGUUAGCAGGGACAUCAAUUUCAUCGAUCACACCAAUGACCUUGGAUGGAAAGAAUCUCAAAGGUUCCAGCCCAUUGUAGUUGAUCCAGGGAUUUAUCUUGCACGAAGAACCCAGAUCUUUUAUGCUACAGAGAAGCGGACAUUACCAGAUGCUUUUAAAAUAUUCACAGGUUCCCCAUGGGUCAUCUUGAGUCGAUCAUUCAUGGAGUACUGCAUUCUCGGUUGGGACAGCCUUCCACGUGUCCUCCUCAUGUAUUUCAACAACGUGGUUUUAUCUGAAGAGAGCUACUUCCAAACGGUCGUAUGCAAUGCACCAGAAUUCAAGAACACCACUGUGAAUAACAACCUGCGAUUCAUGGUGUGGGACAAUCCUCCCAAGAUGGAACCCCAUUUUCUCAACAACUCGGAUUACGAUCUUUUAUCCCAGAGCGGAGCAGCUUUCGCGCGGCAGUUUCGAAACGAUGAUUCUGUCCUUGGCAUGAUCGACGAGAAGAUCCUCAGACGUGGUCGUAAUCGAGUUGUACCAGGUGCGUGGUGCUCAGGUCGACCAAGCUGGUGGUCCGACCCUUGCUCCGAGUGGGGGGAUGUGAAUCUCGUGAAGCCGGGACCUCAGGCUAAAAAAUUUGAAGAGACCAUCUCAAAUCUUCGUGAUGAAUGGAGUUCACAGAUGAAUCAGUGCAAAGAUAGUGCAUCAUAA